AUGUGCCAUAAAAUCGUGUGCAGCUCGUUGCCAUUGCUCAGCAUCAUUCUGUGUGGCUUGAUCGGUGUCAGCCUGGCUAACAAUCUGGCCGGCUAUGAAGGAUACACCAAAUACACUGUCCAGCAUGGCAAUGAAAAUGCUUUUCGUGCCAUGGUUGAUUUGCAAACGAAUGAUGCUGACUUGGACUUUUGGUUACUUACCCGCAACAUGUCCGUUCUGACAGUGAGUCCGAAGCGUAAGACACAAUUUGAGCAGCGUCUCUCGAAUUUGGGUGUCCGCUAUGAGGUGCAGCCAUUGAUGGAACUGAUGGCCAUGCUGGAGGGUAAUAGCACAUACUCCGACGAGGAUCAGUAUCUAACUGAAGAGGAUGAGGCGACGGAAGAAUGCCAACAGGGAGAAUGUGAAUCACAGCGUCCACGUCGUCGUUCGCGACGUCAGGCACGCGGCUUCUUUUCGCAUUAUCCACGGUACAAUGAGAUUUUGAGUUUCAUGAGCGGUUUGGCUUCACGUUAUCCACAAUAUUGCCGCUACGAGUCGAUUGGCCGCUCCAAUGAGGGUCGGCAUAUAGCCGCUUUGUCCAUUUCCCUGAACACCCGUACACGACCACGUCGUGUGGCCUAUAUACAGGCGGCAGCACAUGGCAGAGAAUGGAUUACCACCCAGACGGUUCUCUAUUUGGCCUAUGAGCUGUUGAGUAAUCUGCGAGCCUUUCAACGUGUCCUUAAUGAUGUGGAGGUCUUCCUAGUGCCCCUGGUCAAUCCCGAUGGCUAUGAAUAUACACACUCGACGGAUCGUUUCUGGCGUAAGAAUCGUCAUCGUUAUGCUGGUCAUACUUGUGCUGGAGUCGAUAUUAAUCGUAAUUUCGGCAAUCAUUGGAAUUAUCAGGGUGCCAGCCAGAAUCUCUGUUCGGAGGUAUAUUCGGGGACAGCACCCAAUUCAGAGCCGGAAACAUCGGCCGUUGUACGCUAUUUGGAAUUCAAUCGUAAUCGUGUGAAACUCAGCCUGGAUGUUCACUCAUUCGGCAAAUUCAUUUUUUAUCCCUACGGAUAUGCGAGAAACACUGUGCCACCCACAGUUGGGACAUUGCGUUCGGUGGCAUUGAGGGCUGCCAACCAAAUCGGCAAAUAUCGCGGUACUCGUUAUACCAUUGGUACAUCUGCCUCCAUUUUAUAUGAGGCCUCUGGCAGUCUGGAUGACUUUGCCUAUGGCAAUUUGGGUAUACCCUUAUCCUAUACGCUUGAGCUGCCCGGUGAGGAAUUCCAUGUGGCCUCAUCCGAUAUCAUACACGUCUGCAAGGAGACAUUUGCCGGUUUCAUUGAGUUCAUUCGCCAUGUUAGUCUCUAUUGAGACCAAAGAGAAUAGAAGCUCUCGAGCUAA